UCAAACUACAGUCAGUUCCUUCGUUGGUGAUCCUUGUUUUUGAGAUUAGGAGGAUAUCAAAGUAAUUCACUUUCAGAAAAGCUCCCGAAAUCUGAGAAGGUCCUAACACGUCAGCCAGUUUGUCGUUUUCCAAAUCUUCCAUUUUUUUCUCUCCCUGUCUCCAUCACCCUUUUUAUUUUAUUUUUUGUUUUUUUUGGGGUGAAAUUAUAUAAAUUAGAAAAUGGACCUCGUUAUCUGUGUCGUAACGUUCUUCUCUGGAAGGACUGGGGUAGAACGAGAAAGCUAGACACAGAGGAGAUUUUUGUUUUGAAAAACAACAAUGAAGAAUUUCAAGAACAAGGUCUGACUUUUUUGGUGCCUAGGAAAAUAGAUUUCGAUAACUGUUUCUGGGUUUUCGAGUUUAAUCCUUAAGCUUUAAUGGGCAAUUGCUUGGAAGGUCGUUCUAAAGUGGAUAGCUCUCUCAGCUCUCGAACAAGUACUUCUGGAACCACACAAAGUGCAUAUAAAAGCAGCAAUUCUUUAGCACUUUCAAGUCUGACUCUUCCCACAAACAGUGAAAAAUCCACAUCAGGAAGUCUUCCCACUCCUAGGUCUGAAGGAGAAAUAUUAUCAUCCCCACAUUUAAAAGCAUUUACAUUGAAUGAGCUCAAGAAUGCUACCCGAAAUUUCCGUCAAGACAAUCUCAUUGGGGAAGGUGGUUUUGGUUAUGUUUACAAAGGAUGGAUUGAUGAGCACACCCUCAGUGCUUCAAGGGCUGGAAGUGGAAUAGUAGUUGCCAUUAAGAAGCUUAAACCAGAAGGUUUUCAGGGCCAUAAGGAAUGGUUGUCGGAGGUGAAUUAUCUUGGUCAACUUCAUCAUCCAAAUCUUGUUAAGCUUGUUGGAUACUGUGUUGAUGGGAGUAACCGGCUUCUGGUUUAUGAAUAUAUGCCUAAAGGCAGCUUGGAGAAUCAUCUAUUUAGGAGAGGUGCCAGGCCACUCUCUUGGGCUAAAAGGAUUAGAGUUGCUGUAGAUGCAGCCCGAGGGCUCUCCUUCCUGCAUAAUUCUAAGGAACAAGUUAUCUACCGUGAUUUCAAGGCUUCAAACAUCUUAUUGGAUUCAGAAUUCAAUGCGAAACUUUCAGACUUUGGUUUGGCAAAAUCAGGCCCCACUGGUGAUCGGACUCAUGUUUCCACCCAAGUCAUGGGUACUCAAGGCUAUGCUGCACCUGAAUAUAUGGCUACAGGUCGAUUGACUGCAAAAUGCGAUGUCUAUAGCUUUGGGGUUGUGCUACUCGAGCUGUUAUCCGGACGCCAUGCUGUUGACAAAACAAAAGUUGGUGUGGAGCAGAAUCUAGUGGAUUGGGCAAAACCCUAUUUGGGUGACAGGCGAAAAUUAUUCCGUAUCAUGGACACCAAAUUGGAGGGUCAGUAUCCUCAAAAAGGAGCUUUCAUGGUUGCAAUCCUUGCUUUACAGUGCAUCGGUGAGGCCAAACUUCGGCCACAAAUGUCUGAAGUUCUGCAUGCUCUGGAACAGCUUUCAGUUACCAAACAGGCACACAGUCCAUCUCAUCCCCGCCUGUCAACCGGCAACCAUAGUCCAGUACCUCCCCGCCUGUCAUCUGGCAACCACAGCCAAGUACCUAAGUCCCCAUUGAAACACAGUUUUCCUUCACCUAUGAACAAGAGUCCUAGAGGAUCCCCAGUGCCACCUCAAUUGAAAUCUCCCCGAGGACUGUGAGCUAUGAGUGGAGGGUGUACCCCAGUGUAAAUCCCUUCUGUUUAAAUCCUCUUUAACUAGUACUAAGAAGUUUUGUGGAUUAUGUUUUUGACAGCAUUUAGGUGUAGAAUGUUUUGACCAAUACAGGAUAAUGCAUAUCUCCAGCUCAGCUUCAUAUGAAGAGAUUAGUUACAACUGCAGCCAGUUUCAACAUUGUCAUGUUUCCUAUCCUAUGCACCAACUUCAUUUGAAUGAAAAGAACCCCCCCCC